CUCAUUGGUGUAUUUCGAUCCGUUGUGGUCUGUGGUAGACGUAUAAAGCAAGCGAUUUCGUCAGCGCCCGCCAAUUUCAAAGAAGAUUUGAUCGCAAAGUUGAACGUUAUUCGAAUCACUAUUUCACAAAAUGUCUGGUCGUGGCAAAGGCAAAGCUAAGGGCACCAAGUCCAAGACUCGUUCAUCCCGUGCCGGGCUUCAGUUCCCCGUCGGUCGUAUCCACCGUCAUCUGCGCAAAGGCAACUACGCCGAGCGUGUUGGUGCUGGCGCACCGGUCUACAUGGCCGCCGUGCUCGAGUACCUGAGCGCUGAGAUCCUCGAGUUGGCCGGCAACGCUGCCCGCGACAACAAGAAGACCAGGAUCAUCCCCCGUCACUUGCAGUUGGCCGUCAGGAACGACGAGGAGUUGAACAGGCUGCUCAACGGUGUCACCAUCGCUCAGGGUGGUGUGCUGCCCAACAUCCAGGCCGUGCUUCUUCCCAAGAAGACCGAGAAGAAGGCAGCACCUGGAAAGAAGGGCUCUCAAUCUCAAGAAUUCUAAGCGACUCGCUUAGAUCCUCACAACGGCUCUUUUAGGAGCCACCCACAUUUGAAAAGAGUCAAUUGCCCGGCAUCAAAUACUCAUAAAAUUUUGGCGCGCAAAUUGACCGCCAUUUCUAUUUCGAAGUUUUAUAACUUACACCAACUCAAUCGUCGAUCACUACACCAUUGCUACAAAGCUUUGUCACUGUAGAUAUGUUGUUCUUGGUCGAAUGCUUUUCCCUACUAAACUACAAUCCCAAAUCACA